AUGCCAGUCGAAAGUCGAAACUCCCCAAAGGUUCAAAUCAAACAUUAUCCUCACCAUGGAACCUCUUGGCCUCUUGGCAGGGCAGCAACCAUUCCAUCGCAGCCUACCAGCCAAAUGCCAGCAGCCAAUGCCAGCUCUCAGUUCUGGGUAGUGGGACCCGCUAAGAUAACCGCCCCCUGGCAACCACAGCGUCAAGGGUCAACCGUCAACCGUCAACCGUCAACCGUGUUUCCUCGACGACUCCGCUCGCUGACUCCUCUUGAUUCCUUCCUCCCUCUCUUCUGCAACCGGUCACGUCCACCAGUCAAACCAGUCAAACCAGUCAAACCAGCCAAACCACUCGCAGAAGAGAAGCAACCCCUCCGCUGCAAAAAUGCUUCCCGGCCCCUGGGCGGCCCCCGCCAUCCUCGCCCCCAUUGGACGUUGGCCCUUGUCGCUGUUGUGACUUUUGUCAGGCGCCAGCAAUCAUGCACAACUUUUCGCGACUUGGGCAAACUCUGCGGAGUUUCAAAAAUGCGCCAACGCCUGUGUUGAUUGGCCUUGGACGGUUCUAGUUGAACGUGGUUAGAAAAAUGCUGAACAUGGACAGAAAAGGAAAAUCAAAAAUUCUAGUCAUGUCACUCUAAAAUACAUAACAUAGUACACACUACAAUAUUCAAUACGCACUGGUAUAUAGUGAGGAUGAGAAUUACAGAGUAGUUGCUCUCCAGAAGGAUAGUGUAGUACACUGAAAAAC